AUGAGCAACUUCCGUUCGAAGUUUCAAUUUGUUUCGCGUGAGCUUCUGAACUGGUUUCCUGGCCACAUGGGUAAAGGUAUGAAGCAGAUGCAACAAAAGCUCAAGCAGAUUGACUGCGUCAUCGAGGUCCAUGAUGCGCGAAUUCCGCUCACCGGUCGUAAUACGGAAUUUAAACACACGAUUAGUGGCAUCAAGCCCCAUAUAUUGGUGCUUAAUAAGAGAGAUCUUAUUGAAAAGCAGCUUGAAAGUAAAAUUAUUGAUCGCCUGAAGCAAGAAAGCCGCGAUCCUUCGCACGUUUUGUUCACAAAUUGCAAGAGCCAGAGUUGUAGGGGUCUUCGAAAAUUAAUGCCAAUGGCACAGGAUCUAAUCAAUAGUUCAGAGCGGUAUAAUCGUUCCAGCCAGCGUGAAUUUUGCAUAAUGAUUAUUGGGGUGCCAAAUGUUGGAAAAUCGUCGCUAAUAAACGUACUCCGAAAUCGGCAUCUGAAUAAGAAGGGUGCCAGUCAGGUUGGAGCUGUAGCGGGAGUUACAAGAAGCGUGCUGAACCGUAUCAAAAUAUGCGAAGAGCCACCCAUUUAUCUGCUGGAUACGCCUGGUAUCCUGGAACCAAAUAUCGCCGAUACUGAAACAGGGUUACGUCUGGCUCUGGUCUCGUGUCUACAGGAUCAUCUUGUCGGCGAGGAACUGAUUGCUGAUUAUCUUUUGUUCCUACUAAACAAGCAGCAAAAUUUUCGCUAUGUGGAGGUAAUGGGUUUGCAGGAGCCGACAGAUUCGAUUGACAGUGUGCUGAUUUCAAAUGCUAUGCAUUUAAACAAAAUGAUCCGUACCAAACAGCUGGACGGUACAAGUGUGCUUCGUCCGGAUAUAAAUUUGGCCGCAAAGUUUAUGCUUAAAUCGUUCCGUUCAGGAGCAUUUGGAAAGAUUUUGUUAGACGAAGAUAAAAUUAGGUACUAUAGCAGUAGCAUUAAAUUAAAUCAAAAUUGA